CUUUUUCCCUCCCCUCCAUCCCUCUCUCCUGCACCCCACCUCUCUUCCUCCCUCUCCUCUUUUUCACGCAGCCCCUCCCUUCCCCUUUCUUCUCCAUUUCAAUAUUUUUCUCCUUAUUUAGACUUCCAAUUUUUACCAUCUUUCCCCAUCCAACCUUGGAUCUUCUCCUGCUUAUCUCCUCUCCACCGGUGACGUUACCGACGGCGACCCUACGUCGUUUGCCGGCGGCCGGCCUACAGCGGUUGCCAUUUCGAAUGCAACCUCAAGGGAAGACAAUGAUGAAGGCAAAUCUAGAAGCUUUGAAUAACUUGAGUAGCAGCAGAUCUUCUUUUCUUGAUUUUGUUUUCUUGAUUUUUGUUGUAUUUUCGAAAUAAAGAAUGUUGUCUGUCUGACAGACAACUUGUAAGUGCAGUGUCUGUAAGAGUCGUGAAGUUGUCUGUCAUUUGAAAAAUAAUGUCUGUAAUUGAUAUUUAAUUAUUUGUCAUUUGUUUAUUAGUUGUUUGUAUUUGUAUUUGUCUGUAAGAAUCGUGAAGUUGUCUGUAACUGAUAUUUAGUUGUUUGUCAUUUCAUUUUGAGUUGUAUGAAAUUUGUGGUGAAAAAUAAUGUAUGUCUGGUUAUCUAUAUUGUCUGUCUAGUAAUACGUAUUGUCU